AAGACAGGCCAGAAGCGGGCGCGUUACGGACCCCUUGAGGCUAGGAGAGCCUCAGCUGUCGCGCCAGCUGCUUGCGUGCAGCGGCAGAUGCGAGCAAUAAGGGCCGCUCUGUCGCAAAACCGCGCUAACCAGACAGAUCAAGCUCAAGGCGCCGCAGCGCUCAAACCCAUCGUCCGCCGGCCGCCGGCGCCGCGCGCACUGACGGGCAUGUUCGACCCCUCGAAAGUUGGACAACGGCAGAACGCCUCCGCGCGAGUAGUAGCGUGGGCGAAAGAGCUCCUGCCAGACACGGUCAAGGCCGCGAUCCGAGCCGUGCCCGACACGGUGUUGAUAAAUGCGCGAGAAGUGCAAUGUGGCGACCCGAAUUGUAGUCCAGUAGAUGUGGCCAUCGCCAUCGUCUUCAAAAAUGGCCGAAGGGCCAUGUGCGGCAUCCCGAUGGCGAUGAAUGAGGUAAGGCAGGAGGACGUCGCGCUAUGUAUCAAUGAGAUCCAUGAUGAGUUAUUAGCUUGCCAUGCGGACAUCCCCUGGACGGAGACGCGGCCGCGGCCGCGAUUGACUCAACAGGGGGACCGCGCGCUCGAAGCCAUUGCGAGGGCCAUCACCGAGAACGUGGUGAAUCUGGACGCGCGGGAUGUCGCUGGUGUCUGUACGAUGGCCAUUGAGUUGCUAGAACAACUCGAGGACGACGCCGCUCGAUCUCUCGCGCCGCCGCCGUUCCAGGCGCGGCCGCCGCCGCCGUCGCUCGAUCCAUCCACCAAGCUCUUAGCUGCCGCCCAAAGAGAUGAUGCCAAUGCCAUCAAAGCGUGCUUGGCCGAGGGCUUGGAUCCUUCGUACGGGAACUCGCUGGGCCAGACGGCUUUACAUAUUGCAGCGAUGUGGGGCAACGCUAAUGCAUUAGAUGCUCUGAUAGCUGCUGGUGCAAAUGUCAACGCGCAGAACCAACUCUCAGCCGCGUCGCCCCUGCACAUCGCGGCGUCCUCCAUCAAGGCCGCGCCCGGGCGCUUGGCCUGCGCGGCGCGGCUCUUAGAAGCGGGCGCCGACGCGCGGUUAUUGGACGAGGACGGCGACGCGCCCUACGAGAAGGUGCUCGGCGGCGACGACUUCGCGCGCGAGCUGCGGGCGUUGUUGCAGACCGCGUUCGAGCGGGCCGCCCGGUGAUUUGUCUGUCCGCGACGGCGU